AUGGAGAUUUUCCCCCAAAUGUUCUUCCCUAAAAUGUCGACUAUCUCAUUCCUUGGAAUGGCUGGUAUUGGUAAGACUUGGCUCGCUAACGAAUCCUUUGAAGAUCCGAUGGUACGGUGUUGUUUCGACCACCACGUAUGGCUGAGUUUAGGCCCCGAAUAUGAAUUUCAAGAAAUCUUGGUAGAUCUUCUUGCUCAAAUAUGUCCCCACCUUGAUAAACAUCAGAUAAAAGGAGAUGAGGAAUUACGUAUGAGUUUGUAUGCACAACUAUUGGAUAAGAGAUGUCUCAUUGUUUUGGAUGAUGUAUGGAGCAUAAAGCCCUUGGAUUACAUGAAAAAGCUAUUCCCAAACAUCAAGGGUGUGGCCUUGCUAACAACUAGGCUAGCAAAAGUAGCACAAAUUGGAGUAAGUGAUCCUGUUUAUAAAGUGCAGUUGUUGAAUAAAGAAGAAAGUUGGGAUCUUUUCUGUGAGAAUGUAUUUGGAGAAGAUAUAUGCCCCUUUCAUCUUGAGAAAGCCGGGAAAAAGAUUGUGGACAAUUGUGAAGGUCUUCCUCUUAUGAUCGUUACAGUCGCUAGCCUCCUAUCUCCUGUAGAGAAAACAGCUGCAUUUUGGAACAACGUAGCGCAGAAAAAUUCUCCAAUUUUCAUGGCUGCAUACGAUCAUAUCUCAAAGAUAUUAGCUCCAAGCUAUAACCACUUGCCUCGACACUUGAAAGUGUGUUUUCUCUAUAUUGGAAUUUUCCCUCAGAAUAAGGUGAUCCCAAGCUCCAAGCUCAUCAUAUUCUGGACUGCUGAGGGAUUUCUCGAACCAAAUUUAGGCCAAACCAUACAAGACUACGCUGCAGAAUGCUUGCUAGAGCUUGAAAACCAAAAUCUAGUCAUGGCUGCCCACAAGAGUUCUAAUUUCAAGAUCAAGGCUUGCAGCCUCCAUUCUGUUUUCUGGCAUUUAUCCAAUAAUUUGGCAAUCCAGAACAAUUUUUUUCACGCCUUCACCACUCUUGCUGAUAUAAAAGAUGAGAAUAUGGAGGGCCAACGCAGAUUAUGCAUUCGAAAUAGCAGCUUAUUAGGCAUCAAAGAUGUGCACGACUCGAUUGCAUCCAUUUCAGCUACACGUUCUCUGCUAUGUGCUGCUCCGUCUCAUCAGUAUCCUGUCCCCGUUUGUUUUGGUUUGAGGUUGCUAAGGUUAAUGGAUGCUCUUGCAAUUCGUCUCUACGAGUUCCCCGUUGAAGUAGUGAACUCAUACCGCUUAAGAUACCUUGCUCUUACAUACAAUGGGGGCAUCCCUCCUUGCAUUUCCAAACUACGGAACCUUGAGUUUUUCAUUGUAAGUCGGCAUCUGAGCAUCAUAUCAUCUGAAAACUCUUCGUAUCUACCGAUGGAAAUAUGGGAUAUGGAAGAACUGAAACACCUUCAGAUUGCAGGGAGCAACCUACCAGAUCCUGAUCACGGUGCUGUUCUGCAGAAUCUCUCGACACUCGUAGGCGUGGGCGCUCGUAGUUGUACAAAGAAAGUGCUCAGGAAAGUCUGUAGAUUGAAGAGAUUAGGGAUUCGGAUUGAGCUGGAGCCUGAUGAGAAAGGCGAUCCCUUCCGCUGCUUGAACCGUAUAUCCCGUCUGCGUGGGCUGGAAUCAUUGAAAUGUGUGGUUGUGAAUCCUGAGUUGACGGUGGAGAGCGCGCCUCCCCGUUCAAUGUUCCCAGCAGGUCUUAAGAAGCUGAGCUUGAGCGGGCUCGGGUAUCCGUGGGAAUAUAUGAAGAUCAUUAGCCAGUUGGAGAAUCUGGAGGUGCUCAAACUGCGAUGCUAUGCCUUUCAAGGAGCGGAGUGGGAAAUGGAUGACGAUGAUUUGUAUGCACUUCGAUUUCUUUUAAUUGAAGACACUGAUCUGGUUCGUUGGAAAUUCACCACAGCGUGUUUCAUACACCUCAAGUGUCUGUGCAUCAAACACUGCUACCAAUUGGAAGAGCUCCCGCGCGAUCUGUCUACCUCUGUCGAGACAAUUCAAGUAGCUGAUUGCAACCCUAUGGUUGAAACUUGGGCAAAGGAUUUGGAAGAGCAUGUAAGUAACUUUGAGAGCGUUUCUACAUGGGAUGCAAGAAACCUUCAAAGAUGA